AUGAACUCUACAACUAAGAGCCUGGGUUCGAUGUAUGGGCUGGAACAGCAUCGGAUUAACAUUAGUAUGGGCAUGGCUUCACUGGAUCUCCCACCACCACCGCUACCAUUGAAUCUACCUCGUUCAGAUCUACUUGUUGGAAGAAGAGAAGAUUACAACGAGAUUUGUGUUCCUACGUAUAAAGCAACAAUAACCGGUGAUUGGAAAGCAGCCAAACUCAUCCUUGACAAACGCCCGGAGCUUGUAAGGUUUAGCAUCACCGAAAGUUAUGAUACAGUUCUUCACAUUGCUGUAAUGGGGAAAUCAUACUGGUUUGUGGAAUAUCUGGUUAGUUUGAUGGAAAAGGAGGACUUAGAACUUCAAAAUAAAAAUGGUGAAACUGCCCUCUGUUUAGCAGCCAUAUCUGGACAUGUCAAGAUAGCUAGUAUUUUGGUGAGGAAGAACAAGGCCCUAGUGGAGAUUCCUGAUAGUCGAGGAAUGAUGCCACUUUACAUGGCUGCUCUAUAUGGAAAGCAUGAAAUGGUGAGGUAUCUUUAUCAAAGUUCCCGGAAGAUGACUGGUGAUUUCUGGACAAAUCAUCAUAGAAGUUGCGUUCUUGUGAAAUGUGUUGAGGCUAAUCUAUUUGAUAUCGCAUUACAAAUUGCAAGAGACCGUCCGGAACUUGCAAUAAAUGGUAGUGUACUCGAACUAUUGGCUCGAAAACCCUAUGCAUUUGAUGUUACAACACAAAAUAUUUUCUGGAGAAUCAUAUGUUCAUUCUGUCAUCUGAAGACUGGAAUUCCUGACAUGGACAAUCAUGCUCUCCAAUUACUAACAAUCAUUUGGGCAGAGAUUGUGAAAUUGCCAAAGCCUCAAAUUGAUGAAAUAAUAAGAGGGCCACCCGAUCAACCUAAGGACAUUGUAAAGCCAACACGCGCUGAAAAAGAAAAGCAAGAAGCCCUACUACUGCUAAGAAAUAUUUCGGACAACAUUACAAAAAUGCCUAUUAGAAUUUUUAACCGAUUUAGAGGCGUUGACGAGAGAGGAACUACUUCAAUACCUGCAAAGCAAAAAUACUCAUCCCGAGUACUAUUUCUUGCUGCAGAAAUGGGCAACACUGCCUUUGUUGUUGAGGUUAUUCGGCAAUAUCCACAUUUAGUACGAGAGGUGAAUGAUGAUAACCAAAGUAUAUUUCACGUUGCUGUCUCACAUCGUCAUGAAGGUAUCUACAAUUUAUUGUAUGAGAUAGGCUCACUCAGGAAUUUGAUAAUUACUCUUGAAGACGAAAAUGGCAACAACAUGUUGCAUUUGGUUGGCCAAAGUGCAAAGCAUAACAGACUUCAAGACAUACCUGGAGUGGGUCUGCAGUUGCAUCUAGAAACAUUAUGGUUCAAGGAAGUUGAAAGCAUACUCCCUCCUCCUUUUCGAGAAAAGAAGAACGCGUUUGGGCUAACCCCACAUGAAGUAUUCACCAAGAACCACAAAGAUCUAUUUUCCAAAGGCGAGGAAUGGAUGAAAGAAACUGCCGCCCAAUUAAUGGUGGUUGCAUCACUUAUAGCCACCAUCUCAUUUGCAGCAGCAUUUACAUUUCCAGGUGGAUACGACCAAUCGACAUGCACUUCAAUCGACAUCUUCAAACGCCACUACCUGGUCUUCAAUAAACACCGCCAAUUGCCGCCUCCUGAACUUCAAACGACACUGGAACGCCGCCACCCGAUCUUCUGUCACCACCGCCAAUUGCCGCCUUCUGAUCUUCAAUCCUUACCGGAGCCACCAUCAACCUACCAGUUUACUAGUCAUUUCUUUAUUUAA